AUGGGCGCCUAUACCGUGGCCGAAGGUAGCGAGUUUAAUGGGUUUAAAGUACCAAGACAAUUGUUUUUUGUGUCCGAGAGAGCUCGACAGACGAUUAGCGCAAUGAAUAAUCGGGAUAGGAUUUCUGAAAUAUUGGCUACCGGUCCCAUACCUACUGAAGGACUAAUGUCGAUCUCCAUCAAACUCGUACUCCCCAUCAACAUCAAUCAAUACAUUAUGUUCUGGUUGAAACUGGAAGACUUGGUAGAGGCCGUGGGCUGUGCUGCACUUGAGGUACGGGUGCGGGUCGUGUUGGACGGGGAGAACGCAGGAGGUUCUGGAGGUCUGGUGAUGACGUGGAGUGUCUAA